GAUCUCUUCAGACUAGGUUCCGCUUUUCCUCUUUUUCUUUUUAUAUAUAUAUAUAUAGAAAAAAGCAGAUCGAAAAGGUGAGGGCUUUUUCUAUAAAUUGUUCUCCUUUGAAGAAGAAGAAGAAAGAAGAAGAUUCCAGAUGCCGGAAGGAGGGGGGUACUACAGUUCGAAGAAGACUGAUGACAUCUGCGAGGAUGUUUGCGGCCCGCAGACAACGAAAGCGGCGCUGAGCAUGUCGAGGCUACGGUGCGCACUUCGAGGGUUCGAUCUCAAAGCGCUGCUGGUUCUGUUCGUGGGUGUUCCUGUGUUCAUACUGAUGGUAUAUCUCCAUGGCCAAAAGUUCACUUACUUCCUCCGCCCCAUCUGGGAGAAGGCACCCAAACCCUUCAACCCCAUCCCCCAUUACUACGACAGCAACGUCACCAUGGACAGCCUCUGCCGCCUCCACGGCUGGAACGUCCGAGAGACCCCGAGGAGGGUAUUCGACGCCGUCCUCUUCAGCAACGAGCUCGACAUUCUCGCCAUCCGCUGGAAGGAGCUCCACCCUUACGUCUCCGAGUUUGUCCUCCUCGAGUCCAAUUCCACCUUCACCGGAUUGAGGAAGCCCCUUUUCUUUGCCAAGAACAGGGAGCAGUUCAAGUUUGUGGAGUCCAGGCUAACCUACGGGAGUGUGGGGGGACGGUUUGUGAAGGGGGAGAAUCCAUUCGUCGAGGAGUCGUACCAGCGGGUCGCUCUGGAUCAGCUCAUCAGGAUCGCGGGCAUCACCGAUGACGAUCUUUUGAUCAUGUCCGACGUUGAUGAGAUCCCGAGUGGCCAUACUAUCAAUCUCCUGAGGUGGUGUGAUGAUAUCCCAGAGAUCCUCCACUUGCAGCUGAGGAACUACCUCUACUCAUUCGAGUUCUUGUUGGAUGAUAAGAGCUGGAGGGCGUCGGUCCACAGGUACCGGGCUGGGAAGACAAGAUAUGCGCAUUUCAGACAGACCGAUGAUCUGCUGGCUGACUCUGGGUGGCAUUGUAGCUUCUGUUUCCGAUACAUCAGCGAGUUUGUGUUCAAGAUGAAGGCCUACAGUCAUGUUGAUCGAGUCAGGUUUUCAUACUACUUGAGCCCAUCUAGAAUUCAGGAUGUGAUAUGCAAGGGUGCCGACCUGUUUGAUAUGCUCCCGGAGGAGUACACUUUUCAAGAGAUCAUAGCAAAGUUGGGUCCAAUUCCAAGCACAUAUUCUGCAGUCAAUCUCCCCGGAUAUCUGGUACAGAAUGUUGACAAGUACAGAUAUCUCCUGCCGGGGAACUGCAAGAGGGAGAGUGGCUGAACUCUAGCAUUCUUUUUUUAUUAGGUGAUGCCUUGCUCAUGCUGCAGAAGUUGUAUCUUGGUAACUGAUUUUUGUGGCGUAAAUAGGACAUGAUCGAGUAUCUAUCUAACUUAGAUGGAUGAUUCUUCUGGGGAAGUUGGCAAGCUUGGAUGCGUUUUCAUGUUUAUAAUGUGAGAUUAUUGAAAGCUUUCUUUUGUAGUAUCCGCGUAUGCUUUCUUCGGGAUCAUUUCAUUUGCCGAAGGAGCACUGCGAGGGAUUGCAGUUACUUCCAUGAGAGGCUAUCUUGUCCCUUCUUCCCUUAUCGGUAUGUCAUGUCACACUGGUUUGUGUAGAAUGCAAAUUUAGUGACGUUUUCCAAACUUUUUUGUGCUGUGGGGAUUUGUUGUUACUUCAAACUAAUUGAUUCCUGUAUUCUUCUUCGAAUGUACCUGGGUCGUGUUUCAAUCGACUCCUUUAAUUUGUCA